AUGAAAAUACUUAUUCUUCUCACGUUUUUACCCAGUUUUUUACUGGCAAAUAUUGAAGACGGCGGUUGGACGACGGAAGAAAAGGAUGUUGUACCACAGAAAGAAAAGUGCAAUAUUGAGAGACAUGAUGCCAAAGAGUUGACACAGAAGGAAUUUUUGAAACGGUACGCAUACUCCGAGCCGGUCAUCAUCUACAAUGUGGAAAAUGAAGAGUUCAAGAAGCUUACCGAAAAGCAAGAGAUGUUAUCUACAUGGCACGAUGUCGAUGUGACGUUGAACUCGGCUAAUACCUACAGUUAUACAAGGGUUCCAACAACUUUCGGAAAUUACAUUGAAGAAAAAAUGAAACCUCAAAAUUUGGAAAUGCUGGGCAACGAAACUCUCUAUCUCUUCGGCGACAUCGACCAAAAAACAUGGAAGCCGCUACUUGAAAAAUAUAAUCAACCAGAAUGGCAACUUCCUGGUCACUCUGCUGCGCUGUCGUUUGGAAUCGCUGGUGCUGGUACUGGAGUUCCAUUUCAUUUUCAUGGUCCAGGAUUUGCUGAAGUGAUCCAUGGAUCGAAACGGUGGUUCUUAUACCCCUACGAGGAAAGACCCAAUUGGAAUCCAGAUAAAACUACAUUGGAGUGGUAUACCUACGACUAUCCAAAGUUAUCCCGCGAAGAACUUCCUCUGGAAUGUGAGAUGAAACCUGGAGAACUGAUAUAUUUUCCUGACAAGUGGUGGCAUGCAACUUUGAAUAUUCAAUCAUCUGUUUUUAUCAGCACCUUUUUGAGCCCCUAA